GCAGAAAAAUAAAUGUGUAUACAUAGCUGUGAUAUAAAAUCUGAAAAUAAAAGCAUCUCUCCCUUUCUCUCGUGAUUUACUAAUUAGUUUGUUGGAGAGACGAGAGGAACGAGCUUCUUCAUUAGCCAUUCCUCAAAUCUAGGGUUUCCAACCUCGUUCAUCUUUGCUCUCUUAUAAACUGAGGCAAUGAAGGGAGGGACAUCUUCUUUGAAUCCUUAUGCAGCAUCAUACAUUCCCCUCUCCAGAAGGGGUAUCUCUGAUGGAAACAAGGAUUUUGAAAUCACCACAAGUGCUUCCAAGAUUGGAGAUGAGGGGCUAAAACCUGCGAGCGCAACAACACAUAACCAGUACCAAAUGGCUCCUCAAAGCUGUAUACAGGAGAAGCAUAAGUCGGACGAUGAUAGUGACAUGGAUUUGACAUACCUUCAGAUGACAUUUCCUGGUGUAUCUGAUGAUUCCCUGUCCGAUGUCUAUCUAAUAAAUAAAGGUGACCUGGAUGCCACAGUUGACAUGCUGAAUCAACUCGAGCUAUAUCCAACAGACUAUUCUGAAAAUCUUCCAGACACUUUGGACAUUGGCGAUGUAGCUGAAUCUGGAUCUUCAGUCUACAAACUAAAGGAUGUGUCCAAAAGUGAAGUUGGAGGUUCUUCAACCGCUGGUACUCAGCCUCUUUCAAGCUAGUUCAGCAUGCAUACAUCAAUUCAGUAUAUGUUCUACGGCCCUCCCAUUUCUGUGGAUAACAAAUUGUGAAUUUGUAUUCAAAGUAGGUUUUACGUGCAUACACUUCUUUGUUAUGUAUGUACAGGUUGGUUGGAGCUCUGCUUGUACUUUAACUGCAUUUUGGACCUGCCAAAAAUAUACAUAAUUUUAGAUGCAAGAA